AUGGCCCUCCGCCACCGCCGCCGCCCCUUGACAUGCUCGCCCCACCCGCACACCCGGAGCCGUGUGGGCGGCGCGACCAUGAUGGUCGCCGACGCCUACCGUGCCGUGGGGGGCGCUUUGCUGGCGGCGGCCAAGUCCGCGAUGCUGCUUGACCAGCCGGCGGCGCCUGUCGCUCGUCCGCCGCUCGCCGAGCUCGUCGACGACAGGGAGGCGGCGUUACCCGGCUCCAACCUCGUCGCUCUCGACGGAGUCGCGCCGCUCGCCGAGCUCGUCGCCGACGGGGAGGCGGCGUCGCCCGUCUCCCACCUCGUCGAGAAAUUCAUCCACCAGCGCGCGGCGGCGGCGUUGCUACGGAGCAAACUCGUCAAGCAGCGACGCUCCGAAAUCGCGGGCACGGGGUGCUACGAAAUCGUCGAGGAAGAGUCGAACGAGGAUUACGAGGAGAUGUGGCUGCUGCUCGGCGUCAACCUCGUCAAGCACGACCGGGAGAUGGCGCCGCUCGGCUCCAACCUCGUCGACCUGCACCAGGAGGCCGCGCCACUACCCGGAUCCGUGCUCGUCCACCAGGGGAGGCGGCAUUGCUCGGCAGCAACAUCCUCAAGGAGGACAGCUACAUCCGCCUCAAGGCUGAGGGAGAUGCCUUCCUCGAAAUCGUUGAGGAGGAGAAUGGCGGAUUUGGGAUGUGCCGCGACAUCGUCGCCCGCUCACCCGUCCGCGAUUCCGGGAAGAGGCAUCUCCGGGAAGAGGCAUCUCCCUGAGCGGCGCAUUGCUGCGGACGGUGCCCCCCUCGCCGCUGCCCCCCUCCCCAACUCUGCCACCAAAUAUGGUCGGUGCUCUUCUGGUGCGGGCGGGGUCCGACAUCAUCAGCUCGCUGCUCUGGCGUCAUGGUGGCGUUCUCUGUCGGCAGCUGCAGCCGUGGGAGCUGCCGGCGUCGCAAGUGCUUCUCCGCCUCAACCCACUGCUUCCUCGCCGCCACCGCAGACGCCGACGUCUACUCCUCCCUCGCCAAGUUCAUCCGAACAAAGCCCCCAACCCGCUGCUGGAAGUGGAGGCAGUCCACCGCAAACCACUGCUCCUCCUCCCUCGCCGUCGCCGCCGCCGCUGGCGUCGCAGGCGCCGGAGUCUACUCCUGCUCCCUCGCCAGAGAUACUUCAACUGGGAGUCCAAUCACAUAAACCUGCUGGCAGUUCUGAUCAUCUCCACAAUCUUUCAAGUCAUGGGCGUGGGGAGGAAAUCAAGAAGUGGAAGGAUACCCAUCUGACGGUUUACACCGUGUUCAUGCUGUUGGCCCUCGGAGGCGUCGGAAUCGGCAUGAUGGCUUCGACGACCGCGGUCGGCAUCAAUUGGAUGAGGAGGGUUUCAGCAAAUCUGGCCCGAGCAACCUCCACCGUCUCAGUUGCUCUGCUAACAAUCGCUGUGUCAAAACCAAUUGGAUACAAGUGGGGCAUUGGUUUCAGCUGUGCUACAGGCGCCUCGAUGAUGUUGAUUUGGGUGCUGGGGGAUCCGGAAGUGAGACAUUGGUUUGGUGGAGCAAAGAAGUGGGGCAAGGCUACUUGGGAAAAGACCAAGCUGCGUCUGAAGCAAGCUUGGAUUGCCACGGCGCAGAGACUGAAACAAGGAUGGGAAAGCACCAAGGGGAGACUGAAACAAAGAUGGGACAGCACGAAGGAGACACUGAAGCAGGUUUGGGUUGGCACGGUACAGCCGCCUCCGCGCAUGCCACGGCCGUCGAGGGCCUCUUCGGUAUGAGUAGAUGUAGUUGUCCGUCUAAUGUUAGUUUCUUGUCUUGGCUGGUAGAAAUCGGAGGAUAGGUUGCUUAAUGCUGGUUGCAUGUGCCCCGCCCCCAUAAACAGGCUUGGUAGUGAACUCAUAUAGGGCGAGACUGAGGUGUACUCUGCGCCGUCGUGCGUGUGAUGUGUUCAUGUUCAAUUUUGAAACAAUGUGCAUGUUUCUUCGAACC